UGUGUUGUUUUUAGUUAAACAUAAACUUAGCUUGUCGCUAUUUAAUACUCACUGUAAUAGAAAGAAAAGAAAAAAAAAAGAGUAGUUUAAUUGCUCACAUGGUAGCAGAAACGCCUGUGUAUAGUAUGCUAAUCUCAAACUCUUGUUAUGCUCUAAGACAAAGCUGUUUGCUUUUCUUACUUCUUUUGUUCAUAUCACCAAACCCAUCUUUGGCCGUUUCAAUAAUCUUCCUCUUCAUUGCUUGUUUCUCAAUUUUCCUUCUUUAAUCUAAACGUCCCCUUCUUGUUAUUGCUUCAAGUUUAUCUAAAAGUUCCAAUUUUUUGUCUCCUUUAUGUUCUGAUUUUGUACUUUCAUUAGUUAGUAUAUGGGAUGGGUGGGGUGAGGCUGCAACUUCUUUGCUUGGUGCUGAAAGUCUGUGUCUUUGCUUUGGUUCUUCAGGGAUCUGCAGGUUUCAGUUUAUCCCCCUCUCCGUCAGCUUCCUCUGCAAUUCCUCCUAUUGAAGAAGGAAUACCCUCUUCCGUCUCUCAUGGGAAGGCAUUCAGAAGUAAUGCACCUGCUCCUGCAUUUGAACUAAAUGGGACGUCUUCUCCUCCUGCAAAUGUGCUUCCACCACUGACGUCUAACCCUGUUCCUCAACCGAAAGAAGCUCUCACUCCAUCUCUGCAACCAAGCGCUCCUACAUUAUUGCCACCUCCCAGUUCAGCCCCACCCGCAAUCUCUUCAGCUCCGCCACCAGCCGCUUCUCUACCAGCUCUUCCUCCUCCUCUGAUUAAGUGGAAUGGUCCUGCUCCAGUUCUUCCACCAAGUGCUCCUAAGAGAGAGCGUCAACAUGCUGAGCAGCCUGUUUCUGUGCCAGAAGCUCCAGCACCAGUCUCGUCACCUGGAAGGAAUUCACCGGAAGAUGCACCAACUAAAGCUCCACCGCUACCUGGAUCUAAGCCACCCAGUGAGAGCAGGGCACCAGAGAGUCCUCUCUCCUCAAUUGCCCCGGUCGUUAACAUGCCAGCUCCACGGGGAAAGCCGCACAAUUCACUGCCCACCGUCCCAAGAAAUCCAGAAGUUUCACCAUCCAUUCCACCAGUCCUGAAUGCGCCUGCUCCAAGGGGAAAUCCAGAAAAUCCACUGCCCACCCACCCAAUCAUUCCAGAAGUCUCACCAUCUGUUCCACCAGUCCUUAAUGCGCCUUCGCCAAGGGGAAAGCCACAGAAACCGCUGCCCGUUCGCCCAACCAAUCCAGAAGUCUCACCAUCUAUUCCACCAGCGACAGUUGCACCACCACCAAGGAAGUUGCCUAACAAUUCACCACCCAGCCAUCCAAGAAUUCCUCUGAAACCUCCAUCCAGUUCCCCAGGUAAGCAUGACAUAUCCCCUGUAUCAACUCUGUGGCCAAGCAUCCACCACAAAAGAGCAAGUGCUCCAGCUGCUGCACCUCCUAAUGGAAUUAUCAGUCAGCAUCCAGCAAAAGCUCCUACUGAACACAAAGCCAUGGGAUCAUCUACUAAUGCUCCUCAUAAAUUCUUUAAUUCUCCCCCCAAGGAAAGAUUAUAUCCUCCUUUAUCUGCACCUUCAACCUCAUUUCAGAGGGAUCACCACCUAAAAGAUAACAUGACAGCAAUCACUCCGUCAUCUUAUGAAGUUCAUCCUCAUCUUUCAACUGAACAAGGUCCAUUGAUACCUCCAUCUCCUUCGUUUCACACAAAAUCAUAUCCAAAGACUAACCUUAGGCACCAAUCUCAUUCACCGUUAACUGCAGGAUCAUCGGUCCCACCACUUCUUGCGCCUUUAACAUCUCCAGAAAGCCAUGAUUCUCCUGCAAUAGCACCCUCUCCGGCUGCUUCAUCUAGACCAACUAAAAAGCCAUUUCUUUCCCCUAAAAUGUCUCCCGUUGGGUCUUCACCAAGGCAUCCAAAGAUACCGCAUCCAUUUCAAGCACUACCACCGCCACCUCCUAACGAAGAUUGCGCAUCAUUGGUUUGUGCGGAGCCUUUCACAAAUGGUCCACCAAAAGCACCUUGUGUUUGUGUCUUGCCCAUGCGAGUUGGACUACGCCUUAGUGUAGCACUCUACACCUUCUUCCCUUUGGUUUCGGAGCUGGCUACAGAAAUCGCUGUUGGUGUAUUUAUAGAUCCAAGUCAAGUCCGUAUUAUGGGAGCAAAUUCAGCCAGCCAGUAUCCAGAAAAGACCAUUGUCCUUAUUGAUUUGGUACCCCUUGGAGAAAAAUUUGAUAACACUACAGCAUUUCUGACAUCUCAAAGAUUCUGGCACAAACAAGUUCUUAUAAAAGCUUCACUCUUUGGUGAUUAUGAUGUAUUGUAUGUGCAGUAUCCAGGUCUUCCUCCCUCCCCUCCUUCAGCAGCUUCAGACAUUGAUACCAUAGGUAGCCGACCAUAUCCUGGUGAUAAUAAUGGAAGGACCAUACAGCCUCUUGGAGUUGAUGUGAGCGGGCAACGGCACAAAAGUGGGCCAAAUCGGAGUGUCAUAGCAGUAAUUGUAUUGUCAGCCUCUGUCGCAGUUAUUUUAUGCUGUGCCGCGGCAUGGGUUUUGCUUUUCAGACAUAGAGAUCGCGGAUGUCAGUCAGACCCAACUCCACCAACUACAUUACCGUCCCUUGCAAAGUCAUCAGGGAUUGCAGCCUCCAUGAUUGGGAGCAGGCCGAACUCUCCUUCAUUAUCCUUUAGUUCUAGCUUUGCUGCUUAUACUGGUUCAGCUAGAACAUUCAGUUCAAGUGAAAUUGAGAGAGCAACUGACAACUUCAAUGAAGCAAGAGUACUAGGUGAAGGGGGAUUUGGUCGUGUUUAUAGUGGUGUGCUUGAUGAUGGGAUGAAAGUGGCAGUGAAAAUCCUCAAGAGAGAUGACCAGCAGGGUGGUCGUGAAUUUUUGGCUGAAGUAGAGAUGCUGAGCCGCCUCCAUCAUAGGAACUUGGUCAAGUUGAUAGGCAUAUGUAUUGAGGAGCGCAGUCGCUGUUUAGUUUAUGAGCUCAUGCCAAAUGGCAGCGUGGAAUCUCACCUUCACGGUGUUGACAAGGAAAUUUCUCCACUUGAUUGGCAUGCCCGAAUGAAAAUUGCACUCGUGCUGCCCGAGGCCUGGCCUAUUUGCACGAAUUCCAGUCCCCGUGUCAUACACAGGGAUUUUAAAUCUAGUAACAUCUUACUGGAACAUGAUUUCACCCCAAAAGUGUCUGAUUUUGGUUUGGCUAGAGCCGCAUUAGAUGAGGAAAACAGACACAUAUCCACUCGAGUCAUGGGAACUUUUGGGUAUGUAGCUCCAGAAUAUGCUAUGACGGGGCAUCUCCUUGUAAAGAGUGAUGUUUACAGCUAUGGGGUUGUCCUACUUGAGCUGCUAACCGGAAGAAAGCCGGUGGAUAUGUCCCAACCACCUGGUCAAGAAAAUUUAGUGGCUUGGGCACGCCCACUCCUAACAAGUGAAGAAGGUCUGGAGUUGAUUGUGGACUCUACUUUGGGGCCUGAUUUCCCUUUUGAUGACAUUGUAAAAGUAGCUGCUAUUGCUUCAAUGUGUGUUCAACCAGAGGUAUCGCACAGGCCUUUCAUGGGUGAGGUCGUCCAGGCUUUGAAGUUGGUGUGUAGCGAAGGUGAACAGACAAAAGAAUUCGUGUCUCGAAGUUGUAGCCGAGAUGAUCUGUCUAUUGACAUGGACGCUAGGAUGAGUACAGCUUCGGGCCAACUGUUGAACCCUCGAUCCCCCGUCUCUAACUCCGACAGUGAGCUGGAUGUUGAGAGGGGACUCUCAAUGUCUGAUUUACUGAGUCCAUUAGCAAGAUUUGGAAAGAAAGAUUCCAGUCCAUUUAGGAGGUACUCAAGCUCAGGUCCUUUCAGAACAGGAAAAACCAGGAGGCUAUGGCAAAAAAUGAGACGAUUAUCUGCAGGUAGUGUAAGCGAGCAUGUGAUGAUGUUUGGGUUGCAGCCUGGAUCCCACUAAUCGUGGUUGAAGUUUCUGUCUUUCGUUUUGAUAAAAAUUUUGCUGCAAAAUGUCAAUGUCUUUCACCAUCCAUGCCGGAUGGUGAAAUUGUACAGCACCUUCUUGAUCAAGAGAUAGAAUGAGGAAGCAAACCAGCAUUCUCGAGUUAUUCUGAAUGCAGUCGCGUAUUCCAUGAUAAGCCCUCCGCUAAAAGCUGGGAAGGACCGUGCACGAGGAGAUAUCUGAAUAGGGAUUUCAUCUUAUUGUAAGGAGAUUGUAUUUAUUGUAACAUGCUAAUUGUUCAUAAAAGGAAUCAUAGUUCUUUCUCUUAUGGUAUUGAAUUCAAAUCUUGGAGGCAAAAGAGUAAGUUGCUGCUAAGAUAUGCUAAUGUUGAAGGUUACUGUACUAUGCAAAACAUGUUUUCUUCUUUAUCUCAGGUAUUAUUAUGGAGCAUUUUUCUGUA